UAAUCAGUAAACUUAACUUUACACUUCAGACAUUUGAACAUUUGAAACGCUUCGAAUUCCCUGCAAUUUACAAAAGUCACAAUGUCACGACGUCAGCAGGAAAUCCUGCGCAUCGAGCGUCAAGUGAGGGCCAAAUUGCCCUAUCGCACGUUUCGUGACAUCACAUUCGAUCGCGAGCAGAUCAAGGCCAGCAUUGUGCCCCUGAGUUUCAUUGAGGCACGUCGCAAGCGCGGUCCCAUCUAUGAGGCACUGCAAGAUGAGCUGCGCCACGAAGGCUGCCUGAUGAUGCCCGAAUUCUUGCGCUGCCUGGCCGAGAAGGAGCAGGCGCUGUUUGAUUCAAUCAGCAUACGUGCGAGGAUCAUCGAUGAUCGUCCGCUGCUCUACGAGGUGAUUGAUAAGCUGAAGUGUGCGGAGCUCGCUGUGAUCAAGCGUAAAGUGAAGGGUCUGAAAGAGUGCUUUACACUCUUCUAUGAGACGCUGCUGCUGCUCGAACCGUAUCGCGUUAAGUAUGAGUAUGCAUUGAAUGCUGUCAUGGAACACAUUGUUUCUCUCUGUCACAACAUCGAGGGACAGGAGCGCGAUGCUGCCGAGAUGAUAGCUCGCAUCUAUCACAGGUUUGCCAUAUUUUUGGAACACACUGGGCAACGUGUCAAUGCGAUUACGUACUUGAAAUCCACUCUCGAAUUGGUGCGUGGGCACAUGUGGCUCUCUGAGCCAGAAAAAGGUUCAGCUAGUCCCAUUCUACACGCGCUUGUGGCUCAACAACUCGCCAGGCAACUGCUCAUCCAUGGCCGGCAGAUUGUGCGACAGCAACCUGAGGAGGCAGUUGAUAUGGCCAGAAAGGCAACUGUACUAAUAGCAGAGAUCGGACGCCAGAAGAACUUGGACAUCUUUUGCGAUACGUUCUUGGAGCGCGCUUUCUUUCUCAUGGAGGCUAACAAAUAUCAUGCAGCUCAGCAGUGCUUAGAGCAGAUCAAAUCGGAGAUUAUAGCUUGCACCGAGUAUAGAUUUGUCAAGCUCAACAUCAAAUUAUAUCUGUAUCUGGGUCAAUGCGCUGAAAGCUUCGAUCACGUUGAUAAGGCCAUUUCCAACUUUAAGCGUGCUCUGCGUUUAUCACGUCUCUACGAUCACAAGGAUCACGAAGCAGAGAUUCUGCUGAAUCUGGGCAAACUCUUUGCCCGCGAUACCCAGAAGACGGGCAUUGCCAAGAAGUGCUACAAUCAGGCGAAAAGCAUUUACAUUGACUUCAACGACAACCAUAGCAAGAAGACUGCUGUUUUUCUCAUGGGAAAGCUGCUGGCCGACGAGAUUACGCCACUCUACAUGGCCAUGUUGAAGGCAUCGAAUUCGCGUUAUUGCGCUUUCUUCAAUCUGCGACAAUGGAAGAAUCGCUGUCGUCCCUUCUGGCAUAAGUUGGGCCACGAGAUCAUCAAACAGGAAAAGGACAGUAUCUACUGUCUGCUCGAGGAGGAGAAAGAGGAUCCCGUAUACGUGCCAGACUUUCCCGAUCUUGAAGGCAACACAUUCAAAGUUGAAGAAGGUGACAUAUGAAUUAAGUCAUUCUCUGCUAAAUUGUUAUUGUUUUUAUAUCAUUAAGUUGCAUACAAGACUGAGUUUAGAACUGCACUGAAAUCAUUUAAAGCGGCAAUUUUCAAUGCAGAUCUAAACGCAGUUGAUUGCCAGAUUAAAGUCUUAAAUGCUCCAAAA